AUGCACCAACAUCACCCGGCGGCGGCCAUGGGCGACGCGCUGUGGGAGCUGAUCGGGGAGGAGAUGGCGGCGGCGGAGGCUGCCUCCGGGGAGCACGGCCUUCCCCCAGGCUUCCGUUUCCACCCCACCGACGAGGAGCUCGUCACCUACUACCUCGCCGCCAAGGUGUUCAACGGCGCCUGCUGCGGCGGCGUGGACAUCGCGGAGGUGGACCUGAACCGGUGCGAGCCGUGGGACCUCCCGGAGGCGGCGAGGAUGGGGGAGCGGGAGUGGUACUUCUUCAGCCUCCGCGACCGCAAGUACCCCACGGGCCUCCGCACCAACCGCGCCACCGGCGCCGGCUACUGGAAGGCCACGGGGAAGGACCGGGAGGUUCUCAACGCCGCCACCGGCGCCAUCCUCGGCAUGAAGAAGACGCUGGUCUUCUACAGGGGACGCGCGCCACGUGGGGAGAAGACCAAGUGGGUCCUCCACGAGUACCGUCUCGACGGCGACCUCGCCGCCGGCCGCCGCUCAUCCAAGGAAGAAUGGGUGGUGUGCAGGAUCUUCCACAAGGUAGUAGACCAAUACAGCAAGAUGAUAGAGAUGAGGAACCCCUACUGCUACCUCCCCAUGAACCACCACCACCCAAACUUCUUCCAUGACGCACCUGUCCCCUUCCUAAACCCUAGCCAGCUCCUCCCCUACCACCAUGACCUCCCAAACCUGCAGUCAUCUCCAUUAAUGCAGAACCAGGCCAAGAACUCAAUCACCAACAAUGGCGGCUUCCCAGCAGCAGCUUGCACCCAAGAGCAGCCAAACAGCAGCUGCAACACAGCAUGUUUCCCUUUCCCGUCCUUCCCCUCCAUCGCCAAUGGCAGGGCGGGCCAACCGGCGCAGCUCGGGGUCAACGGCGCUCCACAGGAGCCACCGCCGACCUGGCUGGACGCUUGCCUGCAGCACAGCGCCUUCGUGUACGAGAUGGGACCACCUGCAUCCACCAGGGGCGCAUGA